AUGAAAAUGCUUGCUAACGAAUCUGAAUUCCGUGUUAAAGUAGCUGUUCGCGUUCGACCAUUUUUACAACGAGAAAAAAAUCAUGAACAAAAAAGUUGUGUUACUAUUCAUCCACAAACGAAUCAAAUUGUAUUAGGUGAUAGAAGAACAUUUAAAUAUGAUUUUGUUUUUGGACCAAAAACUCUACAAGAGGAACUAUAUCGAACAAGUGUAGAACCAAUGCUUACGAAUGUUUUCGAUGGAUAUAAUGUUACAAUUUUUGCUUAUGGUCAAACUGGUUCAGGAAAAACAUAUACUAUGACAGGUGGAAAUAUUUUAUCUAUUAGUGAAAAAGAUUAUGGUAUUGUUCCUCGUGCUGUUAAAACUAUAUUUGAUACUAUUAGAAGUCGAAAAGAUAGUCAAAUAACUAUAUCUGCAUCUUAUUUAGAAAUCUAUAAAGAUGAUAUUAUUGAUUUACUGGGUGUUAAUGAUAAAGAUUUAGAUGUACGAGAUGAUGCAGCUGGAAAUACAAUUGUGAUUGGUGCAAGUGAACAUACAUGCCAUUCGAUCGAAGAUGUAGUUGGUCUGUUGAAAAAAGGUUCAAAUGUUAGACAUACAGGUGCAACACAAAUGAAUGAUGAAUCAUCCAGAUCACAUGCGAUAUUUACUCUAUAUAUUGAACAACGUCUUCGUGAUAAAAAUUCAACUAAUGUACAAGCUUCAUUUGAUGGUCUAGUUAAACCAUUACAAUCAACAUUUGAUGAAAGUUAUCUUUCGGCUAAACUUCAUUUUGUUGAUUUGGCCGGUUCAGAACGUGUUGCACGUACACAAAAUACAGGUGAACGUUUUCAAGAAUCUAUACGUAUUAAUUCGGGUUUAUUGGCACUUGGUAAUGUUGUUAGUGCAUUAUCCGAUCCAAAAAAACGUACCGGUGGUCAUAUACCUUAUCGUGAUUCUAAAAUUACCCGUUUACUCAAAGAUUCUCUUGGUGGCAAUGCAAAAACAUUGAUGAUUACAUGCGUUAGUCCAUGUACUGCUGAUCUUGAUGAAUCUCUUAAUGCUCUUAAAUAUGCUCAUAGAGCCAGUCAAAUUCGUAAUAAACCAAUAAAAAAUGUUGAUCCAAAUGCUCAACGUUUUAUUGAAAUGCAGAGUGAAAUUACUUAUCUACGAGAAGAAUUAGCACGACAACGAACAGUUAUUUCACAUGAUGGACAAUCACUAAGCGGUCGAAAAUCAAGUGGAUAUAAUAGUAAUGAUCAUUCACGUCGAUUGAUUCAAACAGCUUUUGUUUGUUUUCAACAAUUGAAUGAAUGUGAAGAUUUAACUAACGAACAAAAAAAUUGGAUACAUACAUGGAUGGAUGCAUUUUCAAAUGAAAAUUCCGAAGAAUUAUUUAGUGAUAUAUUGACAUCUCGUGUAUCAAAUUUAGAAAGUGCUUUACAUUCGGCAAAAGAUGAAUUAAAAUCCGAAUCUCAAAUACGUGCAAAACGUGAUAUGACAGUUGAUCGAUUGCAAGAACAGCUUAAAGUGAAGGAAGAUGAAUUAAACCGUAUGCGAAAUGUAUUAGAUGAAUCAAGUUAUCAUAUAUCAACGACAAAAAAAUCUUUACCUGAUCGAACUAAAUCAGCACCACAUUUCAAUGGCAUCCAUAAAAAGGAACAAUCAAUUCAACCACGUACGAUACAUUCUAGUCCAGCUGCAUUCGAUAUGGAUUAUGUUGUUGAAAGAUUUCAUGGACGAUCACUUGCAUUAGCUCAUUCACAAGAAGAAAUUGAAGAAUUAGAUUUAAGAGAUAGUAAUGAAAAAUUAACCGAUGAAAGAAAAUUUACUCGACGUGGUACAUAUCGUCUUCGUAAGAAUCGUAUGACACCAACUAUUUUACAAGAAGAUGAAACACUUCAAGCAUUAGCUCAAUCAACUAUAAACAAACAAAAAUUAAUUGAAGAAGCCACGCGAAAUGUUAGAGAAGCUGAAAGUAAAGCUCAAGAUCUUAGUAUUAAUAUUCAGUUAAAAGAACAAUUAAUUAAAAGUGUUUAUGCAUCAACAAAAGAUGUUAAAGAUACAAAUGAUCAAUAUGAACAACAUAUUAAAAUGUUAGAAAAAGAAGUAGAUAAAGCUAAAACUGAAUAUCAUGAUUUACAAAAAGCAAUGCAACAAAUAGCAACUAAAAAUACAAGUGAAAAAUCAAAAUUAGAAACUGAAUAUCGAAAAAAAUGUGAUAUGGCUAAAGCUCGUCUUGAAUCAUUACAGCAAAAAGAAAAGCAAUAUAGAGAUUUAAUGUCUAAACUAUCAGGCAAUAGUGAAAAGAGAAUAAGUGAUCUUCAAGCAGCUCUCUUUCGUAUGAAACAACAAUAUGAAACUGCUCAAAAACGUAUUCGUGAAGAAGCUGAAUUAAAAAAUAAAGUUGAACAAGAACUUAUACGUGAACAACAACGUAUCCAAGAAUUAACAAUUCAAUGUGAUCAACAGAAAAAAAUUUCAAAAUUAAAAACAGAAGGUCUCGCUGCUGCUCAACGAAAAUUACGUGGAGCACCGAAUGGUAACACGCAUGAUGGAAUAACAACACCAACGACAGCGAUAGCAUUUGAAGUUGAAAUGGAAAAAAUAGUUGCCGAAAGACAAGGAUUAGAAAUAUUACGAGAUGAUAUUCAAAAACGAGAAGAACUUAUUCAAAAAAGAGAAUUACUACUCAAUGAACGUACAGAACUCGAAGCAAAAAAACUACGUACCAGUCAAGUAUUAAAUAAGAGUUUAAAAUCAGUCAAUGAUAAAUUGAAAACUAUUGAUAAACAACAACCGGAUCAUCAGACGACACGUGAACAAUUACUUAAACAAAAACGUUUAUUUACUGAACGUUUAGAACAACAAGAUUGUGUGUUAUCACCAACUGAAGAAAGACGUUUAAUUGAAAUUGAUGAAGCUAUUGAAGCAAUUGAAUUAGCUAUUGAUUAUCAAAAGAAUCUUAUUACUAAACGAGAACGAGAUGUUCAGCAAUCAAUUCGAGCAAGUCAGGGUCCUGAUUCUCCUCUAUUUAAAAUAAGUCAGUUAAAUGAUAAUGAAUCGAAAGAACUUUGUCGUAAAUUAUUUGAAAAAGUCAUUGAUCUUAAAGAAGGAGAUAAUAAAAAUCGACGUCAAUUUGAAGAGAUAAAAUCUCAAUUACAAGAACAAUCGGAAACAAUUAAUGAAUUACAAUCACGUCUUCAAGCAUCAACACUUGAUGCUGAUCGUCGUUUAACAUCUGUUCAGCAAACACAUGAAGAAGAAAAACAAUUAUUUCUUGGCCAAUUACAAGAAUCAGCAAAUCAAAUCAAAGAACUUGAAAGAGAUUUAUAUUUUUAUAAACAUAAAACAAGAGAAUUACGUAAAUCAAUGGCAACAUCAACAACAAGUGCACUUGAUGGCUCAACAACAACAGGUAUAGCACGACGAAAAGAUUCAAAUUCAAUUGAAGAUGAUUUUCCAACACAAGUACCAACACCACGAACAGCUGUACAACAAUAUCAAUCUGCUCCAUUUCUUCUUAAAAUAGGUAAUCGUAGUAAUUCAUCACAUCAAAUACAACCAGAUGAUAUAAAAAAACGAUGA